AUGUGGGAAGAAGUGGAGAACGCAGUGAAACAAAUAAAGGCUGGGAAAAGCCCUGGCUGCGACAACAUUCGUCCCAAACACCUAAAAGCAGGCGGACUACACCUAUUUAAAGCACUGGCAGAACCUACGGAAGUCGACGGCAAAACAAUCCGCGAGGCUGCUGAAUUUGCUGGUGUCAAUGCGAGUACAGCAAGGAACAUCGUCAGUGCGUACAGAUGGGAAGGCGCCAUUGUUCACCGUCCCUGUGGAGGCAGCCGGAGGAUCAAAUUGACCUCCGAUGUACUACAGACUAUUGAAGAAAUCGUUGAACGACAUCCAGAGGAUAACCUGGUGCAGAUGCAAAGGCGACUGAAGGAGGACGACAUCAAUCUAGCCGUGUCUACGAUUUUCAACGCCUUGUUGAAAUUGAAAAUCACACUGAAGAAGAGCCAUCACGAGCUCGAUCGUGUAAACAGCACCACGACGAUUGCAAGCCGUCAGGCCUAUGCUCUCGACUUUACUGCACAUGCACCACAGGACAAGGAAAAAUGCAUCUUCAUCGAUGAAUUCGGAUUUAACCUCCACCUAAGAAGGACACAAGCUCGCUCCAAACGAGAACGCGCGAAAACGCGCCAACGUUGUACUACCAACCGCAUCGUUCAUUCGAAAAUCAUCAAUGAUGGCACCUGCAACAGCCCUAAGUUCUGUGCUUUUAUCGAGGAGCUUCUGGCUGAGAUCCACGACAGGGAGGAAAUGAAUGGUGCAUGGCUGAUCUUGGAUAAGGCCAAGAUUCAUAAGACGGAGGAGGUGCUAAGACUCUUGGAUGACACACCGUAUCAGCUGAAAUUUUUCUCGCCCUACUCCUAUAUGCUGAGCCCAGCUGAGAAUGUCUUCUCAAAG